UUUGGUUCCAAGUCCAGUGUUGCAACUCUCAAGGAUCAGCUGAUUCAUAAUCUUCUAAAACAACAACAGACCCCCCCCCAUAAGAUUACAUUUGUUGGGGUUAGUGCUGUUGGCAUGGUCUGUGCCAUCAGUAUCUUAAUGAAGGACUUGGCAGAUGAACUUGCUCUUGUUGAUGUCAUGGAAGACAAAUUGAAGGGAGAGAUGACAGAUCUCCAACAUGGCAGCCUUUUCCUUAGAACACCAAAGAUUAUCUCUGGCAAAGACCAUAAUGUAACUGCAAACUCCAAGCUGGUCAUUAUCACGUCUGGGGCACGUCAGCAAGAGGGAGAAAGCCAUCUUAAUUUGGACCAGCAUAACAUGAACAUCUUUAAAUUCAUCAUUCCUAAUGUUGUAAAAUACAGCCCGAACUGCAAGUUGCUUAUUGUUUCAAAUCCAGUGGAUAUCUUGACCUAUGUGGCUUGGAAGAUAAGUGACUUCCCAAAAAAACGUGUUAUUGGAAGUGGUUGCAAUCUGGAUUCAGCCCAAUUCCGUUACCUGAUGGGGGAGCUGGGAGUUCACCCAUUAAGCUGUCAUGGGCGGGUCCUUGGGGAACAUGGAGAUCCUAGUGUGCCUUUUUGGAAUGGAGUGAAUGUUGCUGGUGUCUCCCUGAAGACUCUGCACUCACAUUUAGGGACUGAUACAGAUAAGGAACAGUGGAAAGAGGUUCACAAGCAGGCGGUUGAGAGUCCUUACAAGGUGAUCAAACUGAAAGGCUACACAUCCUGGGCCAUUGGACUCUCUGUGGCAGAUUUGGCAGAGAGUAUAAUGAAGAAUCUCAGGUGGGUACACCCAAUUUCCACCAUUAUUAAGGGUUUCUAUGGAAUAAAGGAUGAUGUCUUCCUUAGUGUUGCUUGCAUCUUGGUACAGAAUGCAAUCUCAGACCUUGUGAAGGUGACUCUGACUCCUAAGGAAGAGGUCCAUUUGAAAAAGAGUACAGAUACACUUUGGGGGAUCCAAAAAGAGUUGCAGAGAAUGCUGUUUGCUGUAACCUCAGCUUCGAGAAAACAAUGCCCAUAUUGCAUUAACCUGCUAGACCAGCUUCAGAAAGGACCUCUGAAUGUCACAAUUUCAGAAACCAGCCUGGCAAGCCAAGCCUGCCCUCCGCGGGGCAACAGCGCGAGGCAUUACCCCUACAGACCACUUGGGGGCACCAUCCGUCCUGAGUUGGAGAGAACGAAGGGAAGCAGGGCUCCUUCACAAGGCUGCGGGGCUCCUCUCUGGGCCCGCCCCCAUCCAGCAACAGCCAAUCAGAAACUCACUGACAGCACUGGGCUCUCCACGCUCAGUUUGCUGCUUACCAAUCCCUCGGCCCAAGGGGAGCGGGGCUCUGUGUGGCCGGAGCUGGGGGCCCACACGGAGCCCCUUGCCGGAUGCCCCCAGGUUAUGCGGAAGGGCCAGCCUAGGACAGCAGCCACUGCAUUUCUUUGGCUUGCGCUGCGGUCCCGAUGGAGCUCGGUUCUGACCCAGAACCAACCCUGUGGAGCUCAGAGCACUUCCUGGUUUGUUGGAGUCCUACAGCAUGUCCAUGGUGAGCUGCAGCUCGGUUUUAGUGCAAUUUCAAUGUCAGUGCCAUUGCUCUGCAUCAGGACUGAGCCAGUGACCACCUGGAUCUCAGAUAAGCAGAAGGAUUUGGAUCCCAGAUUUUCAAGCCAGUUGUUCUGUGUUUUAUUUCUGAUUACAGCAGAAAGAUGCCUGCUCCAGGAAGAAGCCUCCAGAAGUCAAGUCAGCCUUCAGAAACAGACAGAAGAAUCUGGUGUGUUGCUGACCGAACUCCCAGGGAAUCCACCCAUCUUUGGGCAGAAGGCCCUUGCAAAAUGA